GAUUUUUCCCGAACUAUUAGAAAAUGCGGGAUUAGUAAGAUCAAUUCCGCAGCGAAGAAUGGUAUUAGUGUGAUCACGUGAAACAGUAAAAAGAAUGUCUAGCAAGCUUCCAAAAGCGUUUAUUUCAAGAUUUUUACAAUGGUAUUCGAGUCUUUGGCCAAUACCGUAUCCAAAACCACCUUACGAACACAUUUGUCCAAUUGGUGAUCAAAAUUUGAGAUGUAAAGCUCAAAGUGUUGAUGUUAAUGCUAUCAAUUCAGCAGAAAUCCAAACAGUAUUCAUUAAUCCAACAUUGUCUGUUAUAAAUAAUCGAAAAAUUAAUUUUCCUGAAGGAUGUGCCUGUAUCAAAGGAUAUAGUGCAAUUGUACCAAGAUGUUAUGAAAUUAAAGUAAAAGCUUACAAUGAAUUAGGAGAACCGUUUGAAGUACAGACAAAGGGUUGGACUUCUAGAAUUAUCCAACACGAAAUGGAUCAUUUGAAAGGUCAACUGUACGUGGACAUAAUGGAUUCUCGCACUUUCCAGUUUGAUAUGUGGGAGAUUGUAAAUAAAAGAAAAGGCAAAAUUCCAUGGUUACAACUUAAAUAUAUUUAACAUUUAAAAUAUUAUGUAGUUAUAUAUAUUUUAAUAAAUAA